AUGCCUGGCGACCCAACAAUAUACUACAGCGCCGACUCCAUAGUUUCUGAAGACCCAAGCGAUGCGCUGAAUUUCCCGGUCGAAUUUCUCAACAAGCAGACUCCAUCAGGAAUGGCACCACAUGCGUUAGUUCUGAAGAAGGGUGUAAUCAUCAUGCUGCUUAGAAAUAUGAACCCCAAAAAAGGACUCUGCAAUGGUACGAGAUUGAUUGUCAAAGAUCUACAUCGUAAUUUCAUCGUCGCGGAGAUAAUGUCAGAAUGCAAUAAAGGAGAUACGGUAUUCAUUCCAAGAAUAGACUUAGCCCCUUCCGACACAACUCUUCCGUUCAUUUUAAAACGAAGACAGUUCCCCGUAAUCCCUGCUUUUGCAAUAACAAUUAAUAAGUCCCAGGGACAAUCCUAUGAUUACGUCGGAAUAAACCUCAAAACACCAGUAUUCUCCCAUGGACAGUUAUACGUCGCAUUGUCUAGGAGUAAAAACCCAAACAAUAUAAAACUGUUCCUGCACAAACAUCCGCAACAAGGAAACUUGCUUCUCGAUGAGGUUAAAUAUACUCGCAAUAUAGUUUUUAAAGAAGUUUUUCAAUCUUAA